CAGAACUGUCGCUGCUGAGACUCCUGUUCACCCGUCCAUCAUGGCCUCGAAGAUUGUGAUCCUGGCUCUGGCCGCCCUCGCCGUCCUCUGCCUCGUGGACGACGCCCAUGCCGCCGUCACAUACCGCCACGCCCUCCAUCCCGCCCACCGCCCCUACCACUCCACGUACUACCAUCACUACCCGUACCGCCACUACCCAUACCGCCAUUACUACGCCCUGCCUUAGACUCAGGUCUUAGACUCAAGUGUUUGAGGAUCAGAUCUCGUAUGAUGGUGCCUGCGGAGUCCAGUAGAGGCUGCAGUCACAGGUACAGCUGAUGUGACUGUAACUGCAGUGCUGACUGGUGUCUCCGAAGGACACGACAGGAAAAUCAGGACAGGGAGGGAGAUGGUGGAGCGUCUGCGAUGUUCGGACGCCCAUCUUGCCCUCCACAGCAGCGACCUUCUUUACUAUGAACAUUGGAGACAAUAAACUUUUCAAACAACUUAUCACUGUAUUUCUCUCUCUCUCUCU